GCUUACAUGAAUCUAAAUUAUUAUCUAAAUAAUAGUUUAGCCUAAAUAAAAUAGGAUUAGAUUCCUAAGCCCAACUAAAUUAGAUCUUCCACUAUUAUAAAUAGAAGUAUUCGCUGGCAUGAACUCAAAUUUAAUCAGAUUCCAAUAAUCAUCACUCUUCUCCUAAUAAAACCAUCACCGACCACAAUUACUCCUUGCUAUAUUUUGCUACCUCCGUCUCCGUGACACCCCUAUAGAUAUAUAAAGUACAUCCAUUCUUCAAGAAUUUUACUAGCCACAUACAACACAUCCCAAAGUCCCAACCAAGAAAAUUACAUACACCUCUAUUACAUUAUUAUUCACACAAUUUAUAAUUUUUGUCAUAACUUGUCAGAAAAAACAAACCAAAAAAACACAGCUCAUCAUGAAAGGUACUAGUAGUAGUAAUAAUAUUCUUUUCUUCAUAGUUCGUAACAUCUUUCUACUACUACUACUCACAUGUCACGGGGCCAAUUUCGCCUUCGCAGCUGCCCCUGUAGGCGGCCGUGGAGGAAAAUGGGACUUACUAUCAUCGAACAUUGGUAUUACUGCCAUGCACAUGCAACUACUCAACAACGAUAGAGUUGUCAUCUAUGAUCGUACUGAUUUUGGCGCGUCUAACAUUUCGCUGCCCUAUGGUAAAUGUCGUUAUGAUCAAAAUGAUACGAGCUUAAAAGUCGAUUGUUCUGCUCACUCUGUUGAAUAUGAUGUUGCUAGUAACACGAUACGUCCACUUAUGGUCCAAACUGAUGUUUGGUGCUCAUCGGGUUCGAUAUCCCCUGAUGGAUCGUUAGUCCAGACUGGUGGAUUCAAUGAUGGUGAAAAAGUUGUAAGAGUUUUCAAACCUUGUAAUGGUGCAACUAGUGCUAUUUGUGAUUGGCAAGAAAUUCCAGGUGCAUUAAUUCAAAGAAGAUGGUAUGCAACAAAUCAUAUUUUACCAGAUGGUAGACAAAUUGUUAUUGGUGGUCGUAGGACUUUUAACUAUGAGUUCAUACCAAAGACAUCUUGGGCUCAUAAUGCAUAUAGUUUGCCAUUUCUUGUGCAAACACAUGUUCCUGGAGUUGAGAAUAAUUUGUACCCUUUUGUUUUCCUUAAUGUGGAUGGGAAUUUAUUCAUUUUCGCGAAUAAUCGAGCUAUUUUGUUCGAUUAUACGAAGAAUGUAGUGGUGAAGAAUUACUCGGAAAUACCUGAUGGUGACCCGAGAAAUUAUCCAAGUACGGGUUCUGCUGUUCUUCUUCCGUUGAAUUUACAAGCACAAGAUCAAGAAGUUGAAGCCGAAGUUUUGGUAUGUGGUGGUGCACCAAAAGGUUCUUUUAUUAGUGCCCAAAAUCAUAGUACUUUUUUGGGUGCAUUGAAUACAUGCGGACGGGUUAGAAUAACCGACCCUGAUCCAAAAUGGACUAUGGAGACCAUGCCAUUGGCUAGGACAAUGGGUGAUAUGGUAACAUUACCCAAUGGACAUGUGUUGAUUAUUAAUGGAGCUGCCAAGGGUACUGGAGGAUGGGAAAACGGGCGGGACCCGGUUUUGGAACCCGUGAUUUACCGACCUGAUAACCCGUUGGGCUCUCGAUUCGAGGUUCAAAACUCAAGUCCCAUACCUAGGAUGUAUCAUUCAACUGCAGUUUUACUUCGAGAUGGUCGUGUACUUGUUGGGGGUAGUAACCCACAUGUAUACUACAAUUUUACUGGAGUUAAUUUUCCUACGGAGUUACGUUUGGAGGCAUUCUCACCAUCUUAUUUGGAUUCAUCAUUUGAUUAUUUGCGUCCACAGAUCAUCUCACGCGCUCCUCAAUAUACAAUCGGGUAUGGACAGCAUGUGCCCAUUUGGUUCACGGUUCCCGGGGUGGUCGAUACAAAUUUGGUCAAGGUGACAAUGGUUGCACCGGGAUUUAACACACAUUCAUUUACUAUGAACCAAAGGUUAUUGGUGCUAGCAAGUGAAAAUAUGAGACAAGUUGGGAUAAAAGACUAUCAAAUCAAUGUGGUGACUCCAAAUAAUGCUAAAUUAGCCCCACCUGGCUAUUAUAUGUUCUUUGUGGUUCAUCAAACUAUACCAAGUGUAGGAAUUUGGGUCAAAAUCCAAUGAACAACUUACACACAUAUUCACACAUAUAGGAAAAGGCAUCUAGAACUUCUUGUACAUUAGCAGUAUUAUAUUUUUAUUACUAUGUUUUGACUAUAAAUAUUUAAUUUUCUUCUCUUUUUGGGAAUAGCAAUUGUAAUGAUAUUGAUAGGUUGAUCGUUUUGGUUUAGUGAAAUUGUUCCUUUUAUAUAAAAUGCUUCUUCUCUCCAUUGAUUAUUCUGACAGUGGUAUGUAAUGAAAGGAAAAUUAGGAUACAUAAAGCAAAACGAUACUCAAAAUUGUAGUAGAUCGGUGUAGUAAUUAUUUCG